AUGAAUCAAGUGUGGCUGGCACUAGUUCUGGUAGUGUCACAUAGUGCAGUUAGUGUUAGUUCUAAAACUAUCGUGCGCCAGGCUAAUGAAGACUAUAUGUCCUUCGGAAUCAUUUCAUUUGGAGAAGAUCAUGCAAGUCCUAAGUGUGUUGUUUGUGGUGAGAAACUGACAAAGCUCAAGAAGCAAACUAUACCAUUGACAAAAUCGUUGCAAGAGAAAAAAAAGAUUAAAUCGCAUACAACUGCCGAAUCAGAAAGUUUACCAACAAUCUGUAAAAGAGUAAAUAUUAUGUUUGGCCAGGAAUAUGGAAAAGAGAUUUUGAAAAUCCCUAUGUCAGAUAACACUAUUAGUCAGCAUAUACAAGACAUGUCUCAAGAUGUUCAGUCACAAGCGAUAGCUAACAUUAAAGAAGCCGACAUUUUUGUCAUCCAGUUGAACGAGGGAAGUGACGUCACUGGGAAAGCUCAGCUCCUAGCAUUCAGCAGUUUUCAUGAUUUGUCAUGGAAACCAUGCAUCAGCAUCUGCACGGACGGUGCUCCCUCUGUGUCAGGAAGCCUGAAAGGAUUCGAAGUACUGGCCAAGAAAAAGAAUCCUGGAGUUGAUUUCACACAGGUUCCUGCACAGAGAGACCCUCAUUUCAUAAUUAAUAGUAUCUUGGGUCCAAAGGUACUGGAUGAGACAUCAAAAUGGUUAACUAUUCCUACUGCACACGGAAGUGAGGUGGCUAUCUCGAGGGUAGUUGCUUUCAAAGUUCUGUACAAGUGA